ACUUCCUCAGUGCCAUCUGGAGGGGGAAGCUAACUGUGGCAGAAAAUCAAUAGCUACACUGUGUGCAUUCUGGGAGUUUGCCAGAGUGAGGAAUUGUGACUCACGUAAAGCUGUGUGGUAUUCCACAUGUUCCUCUUGAAUUUGUAAACUGACAUGUGACAUAACAUUGUCUGUAAUCCAAUUUUUAUUAACCACAUCUGUGCCCUGAUCAGAUUACAUAUGUAGCCAUUUUAUGUCUGUCAGUUAUGAAAACUGGAAAUUUGUAGCUAUUGCACAGUAGUGUAGUCUAGUGAUUCAUGUAGUGAUGUGUGUAAUGUGAUGCACACUGUUAUGGUAGGUAAGGGUGCUUCAUACAUAAUUAGCAUUCUCCAGUGAACGGGUGGGAGUGCUUACUGUGCAAUCAUGAUAGACCAGGACAUGGCUGGUGCCCAGGACACCAUCUACCUUUGCAACUUUCGUGUUUCUGUGGAUGGCGAGUGGCUGUGCCUCAAAGAGCUUCAGGAUGUUGAAUUCAGCGUUCCUGAUUCUUCCCAACCAUCUACUCCUUCUCCUGAUGGUCCUUUACCUCUCCUAGCACGAGAUCCUGUUAUGAUUGAAAGAAGCAACUUGUUGAACAUAUCAAAACUAAUUGUGAAAGAAUUGAUUGAAACAUCACUUAAAUAUGGAAGAAUGCUUGACUCUGAUCAUAUGCCUCUUCAACACUUUUUCAUUGUGUUAGAACAUGUAUUAAGGCAUGGGCUGAAGCCAAAGAAGGGCCUCCUUGGACCAAAGAAAGAGCUCUGGGAUGUUUUGCAGUGCGUUGAAAAAUAUACUGUGGAAGCACAGGAUAUUACAUCAAGUGUACGAGAUCUUCCUACUGUUAGGACACACAUGGGAAGAGCUCGUGCUUGGCUGCGAUUAGCCUUAAUGCAGAAGAAACUUGCAGAUUAUUUGAAAAUUCUCAUAGACCACAAAGAUGAUCUGCUGUCUGAAUAUUUUGAGCCUGAUGCUUUGAUGAUGAGUGAAGAAGCCAUUGUUAUUAUUGGUCUGCUUGUGGGGCUGAAUGUUAUAGACUGCAAUUUAUGCGUGAAGGAAGAGGACUUAGAUUGUCAGCAAGGUGUGAUAGAUUUUUCAUUGUACCUGCGUUCCUCAAAUCACACACCUGAGGGUUCUCCAGAAGAUGAGCUGGACCAAGACAACAUGACUACAGUUCUUGAUCAGAAAAAUUACAUAGAAGAGCUUAAUAGGCAUCUUAAUGCCACAGUAACAAAUCUUCAGGCAAAGGUUGAAGCAUUAACAACAACAAAUGCAUUGAUGAAGGAAGAUCUUGCUAUUGCAAAAAACAACCUCUUAACACUAUAUGAGGAAAAUGAAAAUCUUAAGAAAGAGCUUGGACUUGAUUCCAACUCGGAGCGAAUGGACGAAGGAGGAGGAGAACAAAAUCUGCCAGCUCAAAAUAAGAAGACCGAACAGUCUGCAGAAGUGGAAGAUCUGAAACAGCAACUGGAAAAUGAGAGAAAAUUGAGGCAGGAGGCUGAAAAGGAACUGAAUUUACAGAUAAGCUUGAAAGCUGAAAUGGAAGUUGCAAUGAAGCUUCUAGAAAAAGAUAUACAUGAGAAGCAGGAUACUAUAGUUUCUCUACGCAGGCAGCUGGAUGAUAUUAAACUUAUUAACCUGGAAAUGUAUAAGAAGUUGCAGGAGUGUGAAAGCUCACUUAAACACAAAACUGAACUAAAGAACAAGUUGGAAGCAAAGAACGUAGCCAUGUCUGAAACAAUACAAACGAUGGAGGAAAACAUGAAGAGGACUGAACAAGAGAAAAACAGUGCUGAAGAAUCCCUGCGUAAACUGGGACAGCAGCUAAUGGAGAAGGACGUUAAGACAAUGAGUGUUGAAGGAGAUCUAAAAAUUGAAAGGGAAUGGCGAACAUCUCUUCAAGAAACUAUGGUUAAGGACAGAGAUAAGAUCUCGCAAUUGAAUCAGGAACUUGCACAGCUGAGAGCUGUUGCUUCUAAGCAUAUGGCUCUGCAACAAGAGCAUUACUCACUCCAGGAACAGUGUCGUGAACAUGAAUUAGCUUUGGAAGAAAUUGGAGGAGAACUACGGCGUGCUAAGCUCCAACUUGAUGAACUGCGUGAAGAAGCAGCAGUAGGAGCAGGACUGGGGCGUGCACCGGAUGCAACCUGGGCACCCGACAAAGAAGCGACUUCCUGUCGUGCCUGCUCUCGAGAAUUUAGCAUCAAACGUCGUAAGCACCACUGCCGUAACUGUGGAGAAAUUUUUUGUAACAAGUGCUCAGAUAAUGCAAUGAUGCUACCCUCUUCAGCAAAGCCUGUGCGAGUAUGUGAUGAAUGCCAUGUCUACCUUGUUGGACGCUAUUCGGUGUGUAACUGAGGACCAGAUACGUAGCCAUUGCUAUGUACAUAAUAUGUAUUGCUUCUAAAGGAGCUUUAUGUAUAUAUAUAUAUGAAUUACAGAUUAUUUGAAGAGUUACAUUAAGGAGGUUAUAGUGUCUGUUAUAACUGUGAUAUAUUUUGUGAAAUUAUUUAUAAGAAUAAGCAGAUUUAUUUUUGCCACUCUUGUCAAUGUUAUAAUAAAAACAAUGUGUUCUGUAAUAUAAAUUGUCAAAUGUACAUUUCAUCAGUGAAACUGAUACUGUUUGCUUAGCACAACGAAAAUCUUAUUUUGUAUGAAAUGUAUAUUUUAGAGUGAACAAAAGUAAGGAUGACAAAAAAAAUUUAUCACAAAAAAUGUAUGUAUGCUGUAAUAUAUUUAAACUUUUGAUGUUGUUUUUAUGGCUGUUCACGUAAGUUUUUACUUAACAACAGUUGUUUCAAGUGGCUGAAGCUUUAAUUGUCAUUCAUUCAUUCCAUUCAUUAAUUCAUUAGUUUUAUAGGUUACAUAUUGUUUUCUGUAACACUGUGUCUAGUGGCCUUCAUUGUACUUUAAUCUUAUACACUAAAGAUCUGAAAAGUUGCCACUUGAAAGUUUUUAAUCUUGAAUGUAAUCCUUUUUUAUGAAUCCAUUUAUGUAUAUUAUAUAUACGGACCAGAUCUGUGAAGUAUCAAAAGUAUCUCUUGUUUCAUAAGUGGCUGUCUUUCAUAUUUCAAAAAUUACCUUGGAUUACAAAAAAUGAAAUUUCCAAGUAGAGAAGUAAGAUAACAUGUAUAAACAUGAACCUCUCUUUGUUUUCACAUUCCAGAAACGUUAAUCUUAUUGCCAAAAUACUGCAUCAUAAGAUCCUCACUUGAGACAUGUUUUUCAGUCACUGCCAUUCAUUCCAUGGAAAUGUGCAGUACUUAAUUUGUUGUCAAGUGUGUAGUGAAGAACUCGUCCACAUUCACAACCAACAUUUUGAGUUGGUAUACUCACAAGGGGGAGUGGGAGAGGAUGUAUUUGUGUUCUCUGUUUGUCAUAAUGUUCUGGUAUGUAUUUAGCAUAUUAAUUAAUUUAGAAUAUUUUCUUUAUUGUGUCAUACAACAUGUGUUCUUGCCUCAACUAUGUUUUCAAGAUCUGGUUUGAUCAGAGUAUUUUAUGUUCUGUUCUUGUACUUACUUCUUUAAAGAAAAGACAACUUCUGAAAGCA